UUUUCUUUCAAGUCAAUCAAACCAAUCAUCACUAUGAAGGCCACUUUCUUCCUCACUGUUGCUGCUGUUUUUGUCGCUGUCGUCUCUGCAACUUGUGACCAUGGUGAUAAUCACUCGUCGGAUAUCGUCCAAGAAAUUAAUGGUGUCGGUAAUGAAGGACGUACCAGUGGUGUCUUGAACAACGCUAUCCAAGGCGGUAUCUUGGCUGACAACAGCCAGUCCACUCAUAUUGUUCAGGAUGCCCAUUAAAUGGCCUCUUUGUCAUCCCAUUCACUUGCUUCUUGUUUUCUG